AUAGAGAGAAGAAAAGUAUCUGCAAAUCGAACUCAUUGUAAUGCGAGUGUAGUCCAGAGCCUGCAGCAGCUUUGCUGUUCAAGACGAGAGAAGUAGGAGGGGGGGAGGAGGGGCUCUGCACACUUUAAACAAGUCCAGAGCGAGAGGGCGUUGAAAACCCAUUUAACCGGGGCUGCUGCAGAAGAUGGCAGCUGAAGACAGUUUGUUGCCUCAGUUUCUGUUCGCCAGUAACUUGACGAAGACGGUGAGGCUCAGGGAGAGAAUCGCCAAUGACCUGGUCAGACCGAACUGCACCAAUGGUUUGAUUCACCAUUUCAGGAGCCUUCACAGGUACACAGUGGAGCUGUUCCGACUGAGUCAUUUCAACCUUCGGUUCAGGACUAAAAUCCAAGACGCUCUGUUUGACAAGGCCCAGGAGACUGCCCUUCAACAAAACAGGAACCUUAACUGGUGUAGAGAGGUCAAGAAACUUGUGCCUUUGAAGACAAACGGUGAUGGAAACUGCUUGUUGCAUGCCACGUCCCAAUUUAUGUGGGGAAUUCAGGACAUUGACCCUAUCCUUCGCAGAACACUAUGGGAAGCUCUAAAAGAAACAGAUACCAGAAACUUCAAAUUACGGUGGCAGAUUGAAUGUGUCCGAUCACAAGAAUUUGAAGCCACGGGUCUCCAGUACGAUACCAAGAACUGGGAUGAAGAAUGGGAGAAGGUGGUGAAAAUGUCGUCUGUAGUUUCACAUUUAGGUCAGCCUGGGCUACCUUUCGAUUCACUAGAAGAAAUUCACAUCUUUGUUCUUGCCAAUAUCCUUAAAAGACCAAUAAUUGUUAUUGCUGCAGACAGGGUACUGAGAAGCUUUAGUACCAACACAAGCUUGGCUCCCUUGCAUUUUGGAGGAAUUUACCUACCACUGCAUUGGCCACCACAAGAAUGCUAUAAAUAUCCUAUAGUAUUGGGCUACGACAUGCAACAUUUUUCUCCACUUGUUACCAUCAAUGACAGGAGUCCAGAAAUUCGUGCUGUUCCAUUGGUCCACAACGAAAGUAGACGAUUUGAAGAGUUCACAGUGCACUUUCUAAUACCAAAAGAGGAGGAAAAUAAAACCAAGCUGCUGGAGGAUUAUUUCAGUCUGAUUGAAAUACCAGUCCAGGGUGUGGAGUUUGGAACUACUCAUUUAAUUAAAGCUGCGAGGUUGGAUGAAGGCAACCUUCCAGAAGACUUGAAUUUAGUGGAGGAUUACUAUCAGCUGGUGAAUCAUGAAUACAAAAGGUGGCAGCAGAACCCAGCUGAGAGCAAUAGGCCUGCUCAUAACCAGAUCCGAAUGAAUAAUGCUACGUAUCUUGGGUCCCUCAUAGAAGAAAAGUGUGCCACAUACGGAUGCCUUUUCUACUGCUCUGUAGAGACAAAGCCAUUUUGUCAUGAGUGUUUUGAGCAGGCAAAGAACACAAAGAUGGACAGCAAAAAUGGUGAGCAGCAGCAGGUAAAGAAAGGGUGUUGUCGUCCUCGGACUGAGCUGGUUAUCACUGCGACCACACCUACAGAACCAGAACGAUCAUCUCGACCACGCUCAGCACCACCAACAGCUCCUAGUCUUUCUCUCUUCAGCGAAACAAAUGCCAUGAAAUGCAAGGUUCCCAAUUGCCCCUUUACCUUAAAUGUGCAGCACAAUGGACUAUGUGAGCGGUGCUUUAAGAUGAGGUCAGCUGUGCCAGGCAACGCAACUGAUAAUAGGACUUCUGAGGUGAGAAUGCCUUGUCACAGAGAGUCCAGCUCCGAGAGAGCGGGUUCAACCCGGGAGAAUACAAGGACUAAACAAGGUGCUGGUAACCUGUUGCAUCAGGAGCACAAUCGGUGUGACAGAUGUCACCAGGACACUCUGCCGACGAUUAACGGAUUGUGUAAUAUGUGCUUGUUGAGGACAUUUCAAGGAAAUAGCACUGCUUCCCAUGAGGACUCUGGCUCUUUCCGUUCAGGCCAUGAGAGGUCCCAUUCAGACCCAAGCCAGAUUAUAAGGAAUAUGGGCCACCUCUCCCCUCCUGAUCAAUACCAGACCUCUCAUGUAUGGACUUCUGCUGUUGGGCCGCAGGUUCCUCAAAGCAGCCAGAAGGGCCGAGCCAACUAUGUCCCUGAGGAACCGAAAGAAGGUUUCCAGCCGUGUAAGAACUCUGGGUGCCACUAUUUUGGAACAAAGGAGCAUGAGGGUUAUUGCACCAUCUGCUUUAUUGAAUAUAGAAGAAACCUUGAUGAAACUGUUAAUCAGAACAGAAUGCAAAGGAAUGUACAGCCUUCUCACCGGCUACCUCAGACUGAUCCCCGAUUCCAGAACAUGGCUCGUUGUCAGGGGAAAGACUGCAACACAUUUGGAAAUAGUCAUUUUGAAGGAUAUUGCCAAAAAUGUUUUAUAGAUACACAGUAUCAAAGAUACAAUGAAGCAACCGGAUCGAGAGGCCAUUCCAGCUCAAAUGCAUCACAACGUCGACCUUCUGACCGCAAUGAGUUGAGAAGCCAGAGGGUUAAAUGUGCAAAAAACUAUUGUAACAACUAUGUAACAUCCAGCGAAGGUGAACUUUGUUUAGAAUGUCGACAUAACAAUCGUGGCAUCACCCGAGAUCCUCUCCUAAAUCACCCACCAAAGCAGCGUUGCCAUGCCACCGGCUGUGACCAUUUUGGCAAUAAUAAAUGUAACGGGUAUUGCAAUGAAUGCUAUGCUUUCAUUUCUACUUAUGGAAGAAAAUAGACCUUCAGUGCAAAUAAUAAAUGCAGAGGAUGUUUUUUCUGCACCAGAAUAAACUGUUUUUGGUACCACUCUGAAAGAGUGAGCCUUCAGUCUCUCAAGGAUAUUUCAGUACAAAAAAUGAGGUUUUGUAAAUAUUUUCUAUGUGAUUCUAUUUAUUCCAAUAAUAAAUUGUUUUUGUAUUAAUCUUUAUUUCAUAAACCAUAAA